CUUUUUGAAUUCCAUCAAAUGCCUCAGAGUGUGAGAGAAGCAUACACAUGUACCUCGUGUAGCAUGGCUUCUAGAAUACUACGUCAGUUCAAGCAAUAGAAAUACAGAUCAUGACGCUCUAUUCCUUCGGGUCAAAUGGAUCCUAUCAGCUCGGCUUGAGCCACAACGAUGAUAUAUCAAACCCCACGUCUUGUGCGUUUCAAAAAUCGGCCGAAGGCUUGGAUUCGAUCAGUGUUACCCAGAUUGUUGGAGGUGGCAAUCACACAUUAAUUCAACUGUCCAAUGGGCUGGUGAAAGCAGUGGGAGAGAACACCGGCUCUCGCUGUGGACCAAUACCGCAUCAAACCUCGGAGAAAGGCAGGAACUUCGUUGUUGGUUUUCAACAUUGUCUUGAUGAUGUUGUCAUGUGCGCCGCUUCUUGGGAGGCGUCAGCGGCAAUCGUCCGCAGAGACACUGGCUAUGCGAUUCUAACAACCGGAACUGGUAGUCGAGGAGAACUUGGACAGGGACUUGAUAUCGUCAGCUCAGAUCAAUGGAAGGAAGUGCUCAAACCUACCGAUUCCUGGGGUGACUCAAACUCACGCCCAGUCGAUAUCCACGGAAGUAUGAACCAUUUUGUCACGGUCCUUUCUAAUGGCGAGGUCUACGGCUGGGGUAAAGGUCGCAAUGGCCAGCUUGGCGAACCAAGAGAAGAUAGCUGGAAGCCCCGAAAGAUCCCAGUCCCCUUUAGAGCCGUUCACGCCGUCUGCGGAAGAGAAUUCACUUAUAUUCUGGGUGCGCCUGAGUCCGGAGAGCACCUAGUCCUCGGCCCUGACAAAAGUAACCUCGUUUCAGCCGCACCAGCAAUCGCUCCUCGCUGGAAACAGGUAGGAGCGACAUGGAGCUCGAUUCUCGUCUUGGACCAAAGUGGAAACCUUCACACUUGGGGCAAACGUACCCGAAUCACCCCGCCAGAAAGCCUUCCUAGACUUGAACAGGUCGCUAUUGGGAGCGAACAUGUCCUUGCGACAACGACCAGUGGCAAAGUCAUCGCCUGGGGUUGGGGCAAGCAUGGCAAUUGCGGACUACCUAUUGAUGGAGAGUUCGGAGAUGUCCAAGGACGGUACAACGAGAUUGAAGCGCAUGGGGCCAUCAAGUUACUCGGAGCCGGCUGUGCAACAAGCUGGAUUGGUCUAGAAUGACGCUGUCUGGGAUCUCAUGAAAGUUUCCCAUCUCUGAGGUGCCCGCUCUUUCUGUGCCUGUGUACACUUGGCUGGCACCGCUUGAGCUCCACUGGUAUGUAAUCGAAUAUCGUAAAUGCCAGUUUUGGCAAGCCUUAUAGCUCUCUGAGCCACUUCAAGCGGUAUUUGGCUGCCACGAGCUGCCAGGCUUAAUCAAAGAAAAAGUGGCACUCCACGAAUCUGUCAUUCUAUUCUAAAGCUUCAUAUACGUCAGACACACACUUAAUCUCAGCUGUGUACACUUGCCUGGCACCGCCUGAGGUUCUCUGCUACGUUAUUAAGAA